AUGUCGUUCAGUGGAGAUCCAGCAUCCGAAUAUUUUCGUACAAAUCCUCUCGUGGCUGUGUAUCAUGCCGAAACGAAUUGGAAUUCAGGGACAGCUGCGGUCGGAAGGUUCCUCGGCAAAGUAGUUCUGGGGCUGAUAUGGCUCAUCAUUCGCGCCAUCAUCAUCUUCAUCAUAUUUUUGUGGAAUUCCGGCCUCAGCUGGAUCGCCAGGAUACCUCCAGUCGACGAGCUCGUGGAGAUGGCAUCCCAGUCCGAGGUAUCCAUGGUGGGUAGGGUCUUCAUCGCCCUGGUGAUGCUGGGCCUCGGAUUAUGGAUCUACAUAUCACACAACAAUGCCGCUUUUCGUCGCUCAAUAAUUUUGCGGACAGCAUCAGUUCGACCGGUUGCGAUUGACGGCGCCUUACCCGGUCGCACAUCAAUCGUCAAAACUUUUCUAUCGUGGGUGGACACGCAACUCGACCGCGAGGCACGCUUCACGAAUCGGUUCCUAGCUAGAGUGUUCAACAGAAGUAAUUAUCAGUACCUCUGGCCCCUGGCUCUCGGUUUUCUAUCGCUUUUGUCUCAGUAUAUUGCUAUGGGAGAUCCUAGAAGGAUUGUCUUGGAACCGAAUUCAUCAGAAUGGGAGUCCGUUGCUUCCAUGGUUCAACUCGCCGCUUACAAUGCCGGCCACUGGUUGGCCGUCUUUGUCAUUACGCCUCUUGUUGUACUCUACUACUCGUAUGGCGGCAAGGCGAUGUACACGGUCAUUCUUACGGGUGUGAUGAUAUACUUCACCAGAAUCGCCAUUGCAAGUCAUAAUAUCGAUCGCUCAUCCGAGACUUGGAGGACUGCCUGGAAAGCUGCUCAAGCAUCUCGGCCGGCCAUAGAUCCCAAUUCUCGCUGGAUCAGACAGGUUUGGGGCUUCAUAUUUGGGCUAAUGCUUUUGAUGGGCACGUUGAGCGAGAUACUGCGCCACUUCCUCCGUUGGAAACGAAGCCCCUCUAACGCCAACCGCAUCAUGACCUCUAACGGGAGUCCUCGUCGUGUUAUUACACCUGGACUUGAAAAUGUAGUUUCACCAAUUGUACCUGCGCCUGUCAUUCCUCCAGCACAGCUUUAUACACCUGCCGGCACAUCAACUGCUCCACCUACGACUCCAUUGACGCCUCUCCAUCCAGCAACAACUCUCCAUACACCUGGAAUAAUCGUCGCACCAGUCGUCACACCUGGAAUUUCUCCUCCCUCUGAAUCGCGGGAUGAACAUUUCUUCAUGCCCCUCCUAGGCCUCGGACCGAAACUCGAUGUGGUCGGCUACUUUUUCAGGGACUGGUUCUAUUCCGUAUCGGAAUUUCUUCAGGGCAUUCUCGUCGGAAUUGUUUCAGUCUUCAAUGCGAGGCAAUACUUUGGAGGCUUGUUCAUAGCGACGCUCUUUGUAUGGAGAGAGCCCGCGCGUAUAUUCGCAUGUUAUGUGGGCUCGUUGAUCCAAUCUGGGUUACUCUGGACUAAAGAAGCGAUCUACGAAUUAACGAAGGAGUUUUUCCGGGGUUUGGAGGCGCGUCUAUGGGAUCCAGUAGUUGCUUUUACUGCUGGUUUUUUCAUGUGGUUCACUAGGCUGUUGUUUGAUUGGAAUUUCGUACGCGACAGGAAAUCUCUCAUCGCACUUAUUGUUGUUCUGGUCAUGGCCAUUGUCCGCCAUAUCAGGCUCAACAGGUCCAAUACACCGUCGAAAGCCCCAGUGGUACCUACUUACGCGCCUACCGAUGUCACCGUAAUCAUUCCUACAAGGGGAAAGCGAACCUUCGAGGAUGCAGAGUUCAUGAAGGGUCUCUCGAGCAUUCUUGCCGAAGAGCCCGCAGAGGUUAUCAUUACCACCAAUGGCAGCAUGGAUAAUCACAGGUCGAUGAAUGCGAUUUGCGGGCUCUUUGGUACGCACCGAGUCCGAGUAACGUCGGUGCACGAGGACAACCUCCGCCGUCAAUUCCUCAAGGCGACGAACCAAACAACUACGAAAGUCAUCUGUUACGCCCAUACACGAGUCGGCUGGCCUCAAGGCUUCCUCAAGGAUGCCCUCGUGCCCUUCGAAGACCAAACGGUCGGACUCGUUGGCAUCCCUGCCUUCUGGACGCGCUCUCUCGUCCGCUCAAACCAACUCAACAGAGACGAUCAAAACGGCGAUAUCGAAUCUCCUCCCACAGACGACCGCGGCAUCGUUGGCAGAUUCCUCGACUACGUCGUCUCCGCUUCCCUAUUCCACAACAAUCGACAGAACGCCACCGACAUCCCUUCUAGCAACAGUACAGUGUCCGGCCGCACAGCGCUCAUCCGCACCGAAAUCGUCCAGUCGCCCGCCUUCCGCUUCCAAUUUAUGCAAGAGACGUAUAACGGCAAGCCGCCCCCGCCAUCUAGCAUCCGUGACGACGCCGCUCGCUUCAUCUCGCGAUUCGUUUCCAACGCCGGCUUCAAGACCACCUUCUGCGACGGCAAACCCGACAGCCCCUCCCGAGCCUUCAUCGAAGUGCCCCGCCUCGAAAACCCCACUCUCUCCGCAUACUGCAAAAAGCUCGUCGCCGAGUACCGCAGCUCCUACCGCCAAGAGCUGACCUCCGUCUUCUCCUACAUCCCCGUCCUCGUCCGCGCGCUGCUCAACUGGUCUCUGCUCAACGAAUUUUUGAUUUGCCUGCUGGUCUGGAAGGCCUUCGAGCGCACAAGCAUCCUCCGGGUCCUCCUUGUCGCGCUGUUCAUCCGGAAGGUCCUCGCGAUCGGGCACUCGGGUCACUACGACGCUUAUUUGCGGAUGCAGGGAGGUCUGGGCUCCAUGAUUGCCAGCGUCGUCUUUUCGCGCUUCUGCGGCCUCUUCAAGCUGUGGGCGUUCCUUACGCCGUGGGUGUACCGUGUUGAGAAGACGGAGGGCGAUUUUUUUUCUCCGCCUGGUCUUGGUAGGCGGUUGGUUAGAUAG